AUGAAAAUUUAUCGGACGCAGGAGUCGACGCAGACUCACUCGCUGCCACUCUGCACAUCGCCAGACCCCGUGUUGGUGGUGGCCUCCUUUCCAAUUUCUCAUUUACCCUCCCGACAAUCCUUCAAAACGGCGACAGGACCUGGAAGCGUUGCCCGGCGCUCGGUGACCCCAUCCAGGUCGUCCCACAUGGACAACCCGCCGGCGACCAACAUUCACAACAUCGUGAAGACCCAGAUAGUUUUCCUACUGUCCACCCUGACCGAGGAGAACUAUGACAGGAAUUUGAUGGAGAUACGAUCCCUUUCCGAGCACCAUGGAAUAGAUAUUUAUCUGCACUACAUACGACGUCUCAUUGUCCAUUCGCAACCGCGCCUCGUCCCGAAUCCUCCGCCCUCCUCAUUCGACUCUCCUACAUCAGUAACGUUUCGCCUUCUCGUGCAGGAAACACAACGACUCGCUCGCGACCCGUCACUCGCAGAUAGGUUUAGGGAUGGGGUUGGUGGGGGUGAAGGGGACAUUUUCAGGCUUUUCGAUUUGGCCCGAUUCGUAGAUCGUGUCGGCUUGCGUUCCCUCGAGCGCCUCGUUCUCGCGUCCGCCAUUGUUGCUGCCCCGACGCGCAAAGAGCUUUCCAACCAGGCGCUGACCAUGAUACGCGCGGAAUUCGACAACGCGGUCCUGGAGCUGUGCCAGUCACCCCCUCUGGAACACGCGGACUUCACCCCGGCGCAGGUCGAGAAGCUCAUGAAAAAUCUUCUGGCGGACACCCCUUCUGAGACCCCAGCUCUAGAUCCAAACCAACGUCACGUCCUCAUUACUGCUGCUCAAACAAAAUUAGGAAAGGACAUUGUUGGUCCCAUCCUUCUCCAUAUCUUCCCAAAACUGAGUCUCGGUCCGAAUACGUCCCUUGUCCAAGUACUGAUUCAGUUAGGGUCUGAAAUUACGAGCGACCCAGAGAUAGUCAGGGGACUUUUGGAACGAUUUGGCAUCACGGCUUCCAAUCCCCCGCACGACACUCACGUUGUGGAGGUCAUUUCGAGUAUUGCACGUGUCGCAGCCGAGGGGACUCCCGUGUGUGAUGUUGCAUCGCUUGUCAGGGCUUUUGUUAGCUACGAUGUCGACUUGAACUGGCCGAGUGUCAUCAAAUCAUUUGACUCGCCUGACCGACAUGGUGUCGAUACCGCAACAUUAAAGAUUCUGAUUGCCAUCCUACUCAACUCUCCUCGUGACGCCGACCCACAUGCUGUAACAGGUUUCUGGGAGCCGUGGUCUAACCCCUUGUACCAACUUCGUCUUCUCGAUGCUCUCCUCUCUCUUCCUGCCGAUACCUUCAAUUUCGUUCAGCUACCUGGCCUUCGGAUCGUUACAGUCGACGACGUUUCGAUUGCUAGUCCAACUAUCAAGUCUCUGGCGGCCAAUGUUCAAGGGCAAACGUGGAAUUCGCUCGAGCUGUUUCAAGUCUUGGUUCGACUGGCUGAUUCAGAAGUAGCAGAGAUCCGGAAUUGUGUGCGGGAAAUGCUGGAUAAAGCGAUCAAAAUUAGUGCUGAAAUUGUGCACAUGGGCCUACUUCAAGUGCCUGAGCCAAAAUGGGGUGACAUACGCUCGGAGUAUUCCAACAAAUUGCUCGCCAUGUUCCUUGCUGGUCAUCCAAAUCAUCAACUUGUGUUCAUGAGAAUAUGGCAAAUCAAGCCCAGCUAUCUCACGAACGCCUUCUACAAGUUUUAUGAAGACAAUCCCCUCAAUAUCACACGCAUAUUGGAUGUUGCUCAAGAUUUGAAGAUUCUGGAUGCCUUGUUAGAUGUUCGUCCAUUUACAUUUGCGCUCGAUGUGGCGGCACUUGCCUCGCGACGGGAGUAUCUGAACCUCGACAAGUGGUUGGCAGACAAUGUAGCCAACUAUGGUGCUGAGUUUCUUCGUUCUGUUGUCGACUUCUUGCGCGAGAAGAUGGAGAGCGAGAAAGCUUGUCGCCUGUCUGACCCCUCAGUCGAGAGCAGGACCAUGUCUCUUAAUCCCACUACCAUCACGAUCGUCUUGCGUGUGCUCCGCAACAAUUCGGGUCUUUUGACUCCAGAAGCCUUGAAUGAGUGCAUUGAAGUCCGAAAUACUUGUUUACAAGUACAUCCUCGCCUCAUGAGCCUGAUGCCAAAUGCUGAGAUCGAACCUGGCCUGACGGUCAUCACAUACUCCAACGAAAUUGAAGCGGAGGUUGACGGGAUCUACAAGCAAAUGUACGACGAGAAUACGACGAUUGAUGAUGUCGUGGAGAUGUUGAAGCAAUUCAAGGCGUCAAACAAUCCUCGCGAUCACGAAGUGUUUUCAUGCAUGAUACACUUCCUCUUCGACGAGUACAAAUUCUUCCAAUCUUACUACCCCUCCCGCGAGCUUGCCAUGACCGGCUAUCUCUUCGGAUCCCUCAUCCGAAAUUCCCUGAUAGAAUAUAUUCCCCUCGGCAUCGCAAUGCGCUAUAUCCUGGAUGCCCUCAAUUGUCCCCCAGAUACCAACCUCUUCAAGUUCGGCAUUCAAGCCCUCAGUCGAUUUGAGGUUAGGCUUGCUGAAUGGCGACCUUUGUGCGAAGCUUUGAGUCGAAUACCCCAUCUCGCGGAUGCCCGUCCGGAGCUGAUAACUGCCAUCCAUCGAAUCCUCAACACACCUGCAGCGACGAGCGACAACGGCCCGAAUCCUCGUCUCAUUAAUCCAAACACCCCCUACGAAAUCAUUCCCCCCUUCACCGCCAUACAACCAGACAACAUAUCCCAACCCCUUGAAGUCCCUCCAGAGGAGCUUUCCGACCGUAUCUUGUUCAUCAUUAAUAACCUCGCCCCAACCAACUUCGACACAAAAGUGCAAGAAAUGAGGGGACAGUUCGUAGAUCAAUAUUCUCGAUGGUUUGCUCAUUACCUCGUGGACCAACGCAUCAGCACUGAACCCAAUAACCACCCCCUUUACCUGAGGUUUUUGGAUGCUCUUGAUCGUCAACCCUUGUUCAAACUCAUUCUGCAGGAAACUUUCUUGAAGGCCUCUGCUCUACUGAACUCUGACCGUAGCAUAUCUGGUUCUGAUCGCAAUGCAUUGAAGAAUGUUGGAACCUGGCUCGGUACCAUCACACUGGCUCGGGAUCAGCCAAUAAAGCACAGAAAUCUCUCCUUCAAGGACCUUCUUCUCGAAGGAUAUGACAGCGGACGUCUUGUUGUCGCCAUUCCGUUCGUUUGCAAGACGCUGGAGCCCUGUGUCAAAUCAAAAGUCUUCAAGUCGCCCAAUCCUUGGCUGAUGGCUGUUAUCAGCUUGCUUGCAGAGUUGUAUCAUUUCGCUGAGCUCAAAUUGAACCUCAAGUUCGACAUUGAAAUCCUUUGCAAGAGUCUGGAACUUGACCUCGAUACAGUUGAGCCGACGACAAUUCUGCGCAAUCGACCUCUUGAAUUGACAGGACUGCCUCUUCCGGAAUACCCGGAAGAUAUUGGCUUGUUGCCUAUCGGUGGAGAGAAUACUGUUGUUCAGAUGGGCGAUUCUCAGGUCCUUGUUCUUGCGGGGCAGACUGAAAGUCACCGAGCACUUGGUUCUCAUAUUGAAGCCAUCCUCGCCAAUCUUGUCCAUCUUGUCCACGUCACUCCUCAAUUGGCUCCUUUCAAUGCGAACCCGACUUUCAAGCGUGCUGUGCAGCUAGCGGUUGAUCGAGCAGUGCGCGAAAUUAUCCUUCCUGUUGUGGAGCGGUCUGUCACAAUCGCAGGAAUCUCCACCCGCGAGCUUGUGGCGAAAGACUUCGUCACAGAACCCAACGAGGAAAAACUACGCAGAUCUGGUCACCUCAUGGCCCAGAAACUGGCGGGCAGCCUAGCUCUCGUUACUUGCAAAGAACCUCUCAAGAGCAAUCUUGCCACGCACAUCCGCCAGCAUCUCAUUGAACACGGCUUCAACGAUGUUGUUCCCGAGCCGGUCAUAUCCCUUCUUGUGCAAGACAACCUUGAUAUCGCUUGCUCUGCUAUCGAAAAGGCAGCCAUGGAACGGGCUGUAACGGAUGUUGACGAAGGAUUUGCCCCAUCUUAUGAAGCACGAAGACGCCACCGUGAGCUACGGAAUGCCCAAGCAUUUUGGGAUCCAUCUAUUCCUCCUUCCAACUUCUCCGCGACAUUGCCUGACCCUUUGCGUAUCAAGUCCACUGGUGUUCAGCCGCACCAGGCCAUCGUAUAUGAGGACUUCGACUCCAAGCAACAACCUGCCAGCCGGCCAUCUUCAGCAGUUCCUUUCACGAGUGCCGUUCCCUAUUCGCAAUCCCCAGCACUUGACCAUGCGCUUAGUCACAGUAUUCAAAACCAUCAAGAGGCAAUGGAGCGCUUUGUGGUCCUUACUCGAGACCUGGAAGCAGUGAUGAUCCAGUAUCCGAACCAGGCGUUGGCCACCCUUCCCGCCAACCACGACAUCCGGCACCUUGUUCGCCAGGUCAUGUUACUUGCAGACGAGGCCACUGAUAGAGAGCGGACACCUUUAAUGAUGUCUCAGAAGAUUGUACAGUUGUUGUACAAGACGCCUUCCCCUCUCGGACGCGAGGUGUAUGUUGCCCUCUUGGACCAAUUGUGUCGCAAUUUCGAGAACGUUGCGAAGGAGGCCAUCACUUGGUUGCUGUAUGCUGAGGAUGAACGCAAAUUCAAUGUGCCUGUCACAGUUACAUUACUGCAAAGCGGCCUCGUCAACAUCAACUUGCAAGACCAACAGCUGGCCAAGUUAUUGUAUGAAGAUCCUCGACCUUUGCUGCAGAAUUUUACUGCGAACUUAAUUCGAGAGUGCUUAUCUUCUGACCCGCCAGUGGCAUCGCAGGACCAGUUUGUCUUCUCAAUCGAGAUUCUCAGUCAGCUUGCCCAGACAGGAAAAGCAAAUGAAGAGGUUACACAUCUUCUCGACGACCUUCGAGGCGUCAGACGACCUCCUGGCUCUGUUUCGUCAGACUCCCCUUUCGCAGUUCAGCCACAAGUCAGGCCAGAGAUGGAGCAGUUGCGUGAAAAGCUAUUCAACUGGUUCCAGCAAUGGAUCAACAUCUUCCAGCGUUCUCAUUCUCCUGAGAAGAGCUUCGUGCCUUUCAUCACCCAAUUGACAAAGCAAGGUAUCUUGAAGAUGGAGGAUGUUUCGUCCUUCUUCUUCCGAGUCUGUGCAGAAUCCAGCGUGAAUAGCUACAUCAAGUGUACAGCUACCGGAGACGACGAUUAUGCCUUUCAGGCGCUCGAUGCUAUGUCGAGGCUCAUCGUAUACAUCAUCAAAUACCACGGGGAUGCAUCUGGAGUCAACAACGAUCAAGCCAAGGUUCAUUACUUCACCAAGAUAUUAUCCAUCUUCGUCCUCGUCCUAGCGAAUCUUCACGAAGAACAAGGCCCUGGUUUCCAACAAAAGCCAUUCUUCCGCUUUUUCUCCAGCCUCAUCAACGAUCUUCACAGCAUCGAAAGUCAUCUGGGUCCUGUGUAUUUCCAGUUGCUUAUCGCAAUUAGUGAUACGUUCAGCUCGCUGCAGCCGACAUACUUCCCUGGGUUUGCCUUCUCAUGGAUGUGUCUCAUCUCGCACCGAUUGUUUAUGCCCAAACUUCUUUUAUCGGAAAAUCGAGAGGGCUGGUCGGCAUUCCACAAGCUGUUGUUGUCACUGUUCAAAUUUCUAGCACCCUUCCUGAAAGACGCGGAUUUACAAAAUGCAGCACGCGACCUCUACCGCGGCGCACUUAGGUUGCUCCUUGUUCUGCUACACGACUUUCCAGAGUUCCUCAGCGAAUACUAUUUCACGCUCUGUGACGCUAUUCCCCCGCGUUGCGUUCAAUUGCGAAACAUCAUCCUAAGCGCCUUCCCUCCAGCCAUUAUCCUUCCCGACCCUCAUCUCCGCAAUAUCAAGUUUGAUUCCAUUCCUGAAAUGGGCCCCAUCCCUCCUAUCCUAUCUGACUUCACCUCCGGGCUCAAGAAUGGUGAUCUCCGUGGAUAUCUCGAUCAAUACCUCCUGAAUCGAGGGACUUCUUCCUUCCUUCCUUCGUUGAAGGAGCGCUUGAGAUUGAAGACCAACGAUAACCCUGAAGUCUACAACCUCUCGUUGAUCAAUUCCCUCGUCAUGUAUAUUGGAGUUUCGUCUGUUGCACAGGCUAAGGCCAGGAGUGGCUCGUCGCUCUUCGUGGCUAGCGAUCCGGGGGUUGUUGCGCUGCAAUACUUGGCAAUCAACCUCGAUAUUGAAGGACAACACCACCUUCUUAGCUCCAUGGUCCUUCAUCUCCGUUAUCCCAAUGCACACACGCAUUGGUUUAGCUCACUUAUUCUCCACCUGUUCCUAGAGGUGAACGACGAGAGAUUCCGUGAAGUUGUGACCAAGGUGCUCCUUGAACGCUUCAUCGUCCAUCGCCCGCAUCCGUGGGGCGCUUUGGUCACGUUCAUUGAGCUCUUGCGAAAUACAAAAUACGAAUUCUGGAGCAAGGAUUUCAUCCGCAUCGCGCCAGAAGUUACGAUGUUGCUGGAGAGCGUCGCACGAUCCAUUUUCCAACCCUAG